GCGGCGGCGCUGGCGCUGGCGCUGCUGGCGGGCGUGGCGUGCUGGGCCGCGCGCCGCAAGAACACGCUCGCUCACAAACUUGGAGGCAAGCGUGGCCCAGACAAGGCGCUGGUGUUCCAGCCUCCCCGCCGUGCUACCGCGGUCCGCUCUCCUGGCUCGGCCACGCAUUACCUGAGGAAGUCUCCGUCGCCCACCGCGCCCACUGCGCCCACGGCCACCUCUCCGCCCAGGCCACAGCCCACGCCCACGCCCACGCCGCAGAACCCGCCAUCCGGAGGCACCAGCCCCCACACACCGACAGCGCCGGAACCAGCCCCGCUCAGCAAGGAGCUCGCCGACGCCAACGCGACCGAGAAGCCGAAGCCGGUCGACAACGAGCCAGCCGUUGAGGGCCGCCUUGGAGACCUCCACUUCAAGCUCCGAUAUGAAAACGAGAAGAACGCUCUGGUGGUAUCGGUGGUGUCGUGCCAGGGCCUCCCGGGCAGGGAGCCGGCCGGGCCCGACCCCUACGUCAAGCUGCAGCUGCUCCCCGACAAACAACACAAGGUCAAGACCAGGGUGGUCCGCAAGACCCGCUGCCCGGUGUACGACGAGGACUUCACGUUCUACGGCAUCGCGCCGCACCAGCUCGCCGCCAUCACGCUGCACUUUGUCGUCCUCAGCUUUGACAGAUACUCCCGCGACGAGAUCAUAGGCGAGGUGGUGUCGCCGCUGUCCACGCUGCAGCUGCACAGCGGCGAGGCAAUGGCGCUGUGCCGCGAGAUCCAGCCGCGCAGUCUCAAGAUGCGGUCGGUGGGCCGCGGCGAGGUGUUGGUGUCGCUGUGCUGGCAGCCGGCCGCCGCGCGCCUCACCGUGGUACUGCUCAAGGCGCGCAACCUGCCCAAGAUGGACGUCACCGGACUUGCUGACCCAUACGUGAAAAUGUACCUGCUAUACAACGGCCAGCGCAUAGCCAAGAAGAAGACCCACGUCAAGAAGCGCACGCUGAACCCCGUGUUCAACGAGUCGUUCGUGUUCGAGGUGCCCGCCGCGCCCAACGCCACGCUCGACCACGUCUCGCUCGAACUGCUCGUGCUAGACUGGGACAGAGUCACCAAGAAUGAGGUGAUCGGUCGGCUGGAGCUCGGCGCCGAGGGCACCGGCAGCGCCCGACACCACUGGCGCGAGGUGCAGGCGGCGCCGCGUCGCCAGAUCGCCGACUGGCACAAGCUCAAGGAGUGAGCGCCACGCCACACCCCCCACCAACCACUCGCCAGAAACCCACUGCGGACUGCUGGGACAGAGAUAAGUCCACUCUCCCUUUCUUAAUCCUUCAAGGCCCGCGAAUCUAGACACAAUAGAUAAAUCAAUUGUUAUGACAUUAAUGAAUGCCGUCUGGGACUCAAGCGGUUAAGGUAGCCUUUCGAACUAAGUGUCACAGACGCCGCGCGUCUUUAGCUUUGGUCUUGUGCCACCAACGCCGCGUCACUAACUCUCUUCAAAAGGCUACCUUUAAGACCAAAGCUAAAGACGCUGCGUCUGUGACGCUUAGUUCGAAAGGCUACCUUUAAUAUCUCUACCUUCUUCGUUCACAAACUGAAAAGUACUUUCUCAAUCUGGAGAGGUUUUGAUACAGUCAACAGCACAUCAGACUACAAUUUUGUAGCCAAAAAGCACCUAAUUCAACUACUUAUGAUGCCCAAGAUUGAUGUGCUGGUUGAUUAGUACUUAUAGUAGAUUGUGACAGAAUAAUAAUUACUAUUGAACAUAAUUACAUUUUCAAGUUUUCUUUGUUAGACGACUGAAACUUACGGUGCCAUGUAAUCGUGCAUCGGUCAGGAAUAAAAUGAAUUUGUCAUACGUAAAUUGGCGCCCAACGUGGUGCACAAAAUGAAUAAAAAAAACUAACCUUUCUUUAAAUUAUUUUAUUUAUGUUAUGGACAAACCUCUGUUCUAGUAUUCGCCGCAGUGUCGAAAGACUUUAACCCACCUCCCACUAUUAGCCUAUAGCUUUCCUAUUCCUAGGAUAAACAUUGUAGAGUCAGUAUUUAGCACAGUCAUUUAUUAAUUUAUGUUUUCAAAGACCUUGACGAAUAAGUAGUCAUGACAAAUAACAAUCCUUUGUUAUUAGUCACAAAAAUAUUAAUGUGUGACAAAAAAUACUUAAUUCUUUACCAUUAA